UGCACGAGACGAAAACAUGCAAUAAAUAUAGUCCGUUGAUUUUUCACAAUUCAUGUGUUUUCAACAAAAUUGGUCUCGUGCCAUAUAGUAGUUCGUAGUAAAACAAAUAAAGAUCGAAAUAUGGAGUUGCAGAGUGAGAAUAAUAGUGGUAGAAUAAUAAUUGACCCAAGAAGUGGUUUUUGCAGUUCCAAUUCAAUUUUCUACAGCAAGAGAAAACCCCACUCACUCCCUCCAAAUCACUCCUUAGAUGUCACAACUUUCAUCUCCUCCUGCUCCCAUCACGGCCGCAUUGCCUUCAUUGAUGCCUCCACCGGCCAACACAUCACCUACCAACAACUCUGGCGUGCCGUCGAAGCCGUCACUUGCUCUCUCUCCAACAUGGGAAUCCGAAAGGGUGACGUCAUCCUCAUCCUCUCUCCCAAUUCAAUCUAUUUCGCGGUGGUGUGUCUCUCCAUCUUGUCCCUCGGCGCAAUCAUCACCACCACCAAUCCUCUCUACACAACACGCGAAAUCGCCAAGCAGAUCGCCGAUUCUAAACCCGUCCUCGCUUUCACAACUUCUCCCCUCGCUCCCAAAAUCAACAAAGCAUCACCCACCCUUCCAAUCAUUCUCAUUGAAUCCGAAGAUAACUCAUCAAACACAGUGGAGAAAAUGAUGAAGGAAGAACCAGAGUUAAGUAGAGUGAGGGAACGAGUGAACCAAGACGAUAUAGCUACUUUGCUUUACUCAUCUGGAACAACGGGAGUCAGCAAAGGUGUGAUAUCUUCUCAUAAGAAUCUCAUAGGAAUGGUUCAAAACAUAAUGGUAAUGUUCGGUAAAGAACAAGAGGAACAUGGACAAACGUUUAUAUGCACUGUUCCAAUGUUUCAUAUGUACGGUCUUGCGUUGUUCGCUACGGGGCUUCUCGCUUUGGGUUCAACCAUUGUUGUUCUCUCCAAAUUCGAGAUGCAUGAUAUGCUUUCAUCGAUUGAAAAAUUCAGAGCAUCAUUUGUACCGCUUGUGCCUCCCAUAUUGGUGGCUAUGAUUAACAACGCUGAUGCGAUUAAGAGUAAGUAUGAUUUGAGUUCCCUUCAUUCGAUGUUCUCAGCUGGGGCUCCUCUUAGCAAAGAGGUUAUAGAAGGGUUUAUUGAAAAGUACCCAAAUGUUACGAUACUUCAAGGUUAUGGUCUAACAGAAACCUCUGGAUUUGGGGCUUCCACUAAUUGUUUUGAAGAGAGUCGUAAGUAUGGUACGACGGGGCUUUUGUCUUCUUCAACGGAGGCUAUGAUUGUCGACAUUGACACUGCUCAACCACUGGCUAUUAAUCAGACGGGUGAACUUUGGCUCCGGGGUCCCACUAUCAUGAAAGGUUAUUUAAGAAACGAGGAGGCAACUAAAUCAACCCUGACUUCAGAUGGUUGGUUAAAAACAGGGGAUGUUUGCUAUAUUGAUAGCGAUGGAUACUUAUUUGUAGUUGAUCGCUUGAAAGAGCUAAUUAAAUACAAGGGAUAUCAGGUCCCUCCAGCAGAACUUGAGGCUCUGUUGCUGACUCAUCCUGCUAUUCUAGAUGUUGCUGUUAUACCGUAUCCAGAUAAAGAGGCUGGUCAAAUUCCAAUGGCAUAUGUAGUGAGGAAGGCUGGAAGUAGUAUAUCAGAAAAACAAGUUAUAGAUUAUGUUGCAGGACAGGUUGCUCCAUACAAAAAAAUUCGAAAAGUGACAUUUAUAUCUUUCAUACCUAAAAAUCCGUCUGGUAAAAUUCUUCGGAAGGAUCUCGUCAAACUCGCUAGAGCUAAACUCUAAACAUUUGAGCUUUUAAAUGAUAAGGUUCUUUCGGAUGUGUGUGAAUGAUGAAUCCUUUCAAGUUUCAACUAUCAAUUUGUUGCCACAAACAGUAGCAGUAUUGUUGAAUGCUUAAUACUCUUAUAGAGAAUAAAAAUAUUUUGGGCUGGUUUUAGAUUGAUUUUGGUUUCGUUCAAAACUUAGAAUUUGAACUUAUGAUUGAACGAUGAUAUUGUCUUAAAUAAAAGAUUUGUUUUAUGUUCA